AUGUCAGAACAAACAACUUUCAUUCUCAUCAGAGGGGCAACUACUAUUGUCGUUGAUCCAGCAAAUAGUGUCUUAAAAGAUUGCGAUAUUCUUAUCAAGGAUGACCGUAUCGCUACGAUUGGAGAGCACAUAGCAGAACCAGAUGGCAACGUUACCGUCAUCGAUGCGCACAACUUCAUCGCCAUUCCCGGAUUCGUAGAUGGACAUCACCACAUGUGGCAACAGCUGCUUCGUGCCGUUGCGACUGACUGGACCUUAUUCGACUACACCGUCCAGAUGCGAAGCAUAUACGGAAGCAUCUACUCCCCGGAUGACGUAUACUUAGCAACAUACGCCGCGGCCUUGAGUCUCCUGAACAAUGGGGUGACAUCCGUGCUGGAGCAUUGCCACAUCAUCAACUCGCCAGCUCACGCAGAUGCUGCAAUCAGAGCGCUGAAAGACGCUGGGAUCCGGGCAACGUUUUGUUAUGGGUUUUACCCAAACCCACCGAUUCCGGAACUCGGCGUCGACGGAAUCCAUACCGAAGGCUUUUCGCACGAUGCAAGGCUUGAGGAUGCGGCUAGAGUGCGCAGGCAGUACUUCGGUUCCAACGAUCCCGCCGAGGAGUUGGCUACCUUUGGUAUUGCCCCAGAUGAGCCAGAGGCACAGUCUAUCGAAAAGACCAAGAGCGAGUUAAGGGAAUCUCGAGAGGUAGGAGCUCGUUUAAUCACAAUGCAUGUCGCAAUGGGGCCAUACGAUGCAGCACAUCAACAGGUCGUUCGGCAGCUUUCAGACGCCAAUCUUCUUGGGUCGGAUCUCGUCUUCAGUCACGGUGCGUCCUUCACUGACAGUGAGCUUGAAGCGAUUAAGUCUUCAGGCGCUGGAAUUGUGAGUACCCCUGAUACCGAGUUGGGGAUGGGCAUGGGUUUCCCUGUCGCAUUUCGGGCUCAAGACGCCGGGUGCCACUCUUGUCUGGGAAUCGACAUCACCUCAAACCAGGGCAAUGACUUCAUUGCCCAGAUGAAGCUGGCGCUUCAGGCCCAGCGCGCCCUGCAAAAUGAACAAGGGGCCCUUCCUCUCACCAUCACAAGAAAGACCAAGGAUGUUCUCCGCAUGGGAACUCUUGGUGGCGCAGAAGUACUACAGAUCGAUCACCUCGUGGGCUCUUUGACAGUUGGGAAAAAGGCGGACAUAGUGUUGAUCUCCCGCGAUGAUCUGGAGUCACUUCCUGUGUCGGAUCCGGUCGGGUCUGUGGUCUUUCACACGUCUUUGAGUCACAUCGACACCGUCAUCGUGGAUGGAAGAAUUCGCAAACGGAAUGGCCGGCUCUUAGCUGACACUGCUGAGCUGAUGUCGCAAGUCACACGACGCUCAGCUGAGAUCGAGGCUUUGGCAGCCACAUUCGAUUUAAAGGCGGCCAGGGCCAAGUGGUUGAAAAUCUUCCGAGGAGACUUUUAG